AUGAGUUGGCAAGACGCCAAAGAGCCUGUUCUUACUCCAGUCAAAGAUCAAGGAAGCUGUGGUUCAUGUUGGGCGCAUGCAGCGACAGAAUCAAUUGAGAGCAUGUACGCCAUUCAUACAGGGAGUUUGUUGACAUUAAGCACUCAGCAAAUCACAUCGUGCUUGAAUAACACUGACAAAUGUGGUGGUACGGGUGGCUGUGGUGGUGGUACAGUGCAGCAGGCCUGGGAAUACGUAAAGAGUGCCGGAGGAAUUACUCUCGAUACAAACUAUCCGUAUGUGAGUGGGACGACCGAAUCAACAGAGCAAUGUGUACUCAAUGCGAGUAUGCCGCGUGAUGUACAUGUUUACUACUACGUUUCUCUUCCACAUAACGACUACGACGCUGUCAUAGAGGCCCUUGUCGAAAAGGGUCCUCUUGCUGUGAGUGUUGAUGCCAGCCAGUGGGCGUCAUAUGAGGGUGGUGUGUUCGAUGGUUGUGGUGUGGGUAACAAAAAUAUUACCAUAAAUCACGCCGUGCAACUCGUAGGUUACGGGAAGGACAACGUAACCCAACAGGAAUACUGGAUCGUGCGCAACUCUUGGGGCGAGAACUGGGGUGAAAAGGGAUAUAUUCGGCUCCUGCGUCACAAAGGCAAUCAAACGUGUACCUUCGAUCAAGACUGGAAUACUGAGGGGGGUGGUUGUGCCAAUGACCCAAACGUCACCAUCUUUGUUUGCGGCAUGUGUGGUAUUUUGUACGACGUGGCGUAUCCCGAUGUUGUGGGGCCGCCCGAAGAUGGCAGGCUUGUAUGGAUUGCGGGGACAACAUUUGGAGGCAUUGCUAUUUUAAUGAUUAUUUUGGUGAUUUGGUCAAAAUGCCGCGGCCCACCUGAAAAAGGUUAUGACAGUCUCGUUGAGGAUUCUGAGUGCCUCCAGUGA